AUGGGGACGGCUGGGUAUGGCGUGGACGACUGCAGUAAGGCUGUCAGCAAACUCGGCUGCUCAGGCCUCUGGGAGCCCAUCAAGGACUUCUGCCCCGUGUCCUGCGACACCAUCGAGUGCUCUUGGCGCUGCACCCGGGACGAGGUGCCCAAUCUGAACCAGCGCAGGUGCUGGCAGAUGGUAGAGAAGGAUGGGCUCUCCUGCGUCGAUGCCAUCCGGCAGGGCCAGGACUGCCACUGCAAGUGCGCCCACAGCUACUUCCGCAUGGCGGGCGCCCCGGGCCGCGCGCAAGGCGGAGCCUUCAAAGUGAGCGACAAGAUCGACGAGGUGCAGCUCUCUUUGGACAUGAAGGCCAUCGUUGGCCGCACACUGACUAUUGACUUCACUGGCGAGAGGAUGCGCUCGGAAGACGUGGGGCACGGCCAAGGCCCGCGGAUGAAGAUCAUACCCGAUGGGCAGCUCUGCGGGCGUGAGGGCAUCGCCUUCAACGUCACGGGUCUGGAGUGUCAGCAGCCGCCAGACGCCGGGCCGCUGUCAGGCUUCAUCUGCACCACGCCCCCCAGUCUGGCCACCGAGUUUCUACACCGCUGGGGCGGCAUCGUGGUGAACGCCUGCGGCAAGUAUAUGCUGUGCCAUUGCAACGAGAAGUGCGACGUGCAGUCCAAUUGGGCUCGCGCGGGCUACCUGGAGGUUGAGCCCGUGAUCAACUUCAACACUAUGGCGAAUCCUUUGCCGGGCUGCGACGUGUACAUGCCCACGCUCCCGCCGGCGACCUUGCCGGACGGCCCAAGUGAGGUGUCCCAGAAGUCGCUGGUCACGACCUACGUGAGCCUGGAGGGGGGGAUCAGGGCCAUCGCCCCCGUGCUGCAAGCGGUGGCCGAGGCCUUUGCCGCUUUUGCCGCGGUGAGGUCGGAGCUCCUGGGCGCGGAGGUGCCGACGCCGCAGGACGUGGAGGUGGAGGACUACGAGAGCCGGGGUUUAGUCCGGAGACUGCACGGAAGGCGGGCCCAGACGUGCGCCGACGACGACGCCGCUUUCGCCAGCGAGGCAGUCAAGGCGGGCCUGACGACCGUCGAGAGCUGUGACCAGGCGAUGACGCUGCUGGGCAACAAGGACACCUUGUGCGCGGACCAGACCCUGGAGCAAGCUGCUAGGGUGCCGCGCAUGCCGGGCGCUGAGAGCUCGCUCUACACACCCGGCACAGGCGUGGACAGCUGGGUCACCAGCGCCACCCUGGCCGCCGUUGCGGCGGUGUCGGUCUUCCGCGUGAUGAAGCGCAACUGCUCCCGUGUGAGCUUGGGACCCAACGGGGGCUGCUUCUAUGACAUGAAGUUCCGCGCCAAGCCGGGGGCCAAGUUCAAGUACCGCUACUCCACGGACGUCUACGACCCCGAGUGGGGCAUCAUCCCAGGGGAGCCGGAUAGGCUGAUCAGGUAUGGCCAGCUCCUGCGCAAGGGCACCCCAGUGCCUCCGCUGAAGCAGUCGGACAUGGACGACGACGACGAGGGCUGGGGCCUCCUCGGUGGGGUGGAGAUGACGGACAAGGGCGCACUGCUGCUGGACUGCGACGGCACCUUGGUGGAGACGGAAAGGGAUGGGCACCGCGUGGCCUUCAACAAGGCCUUCGAGGAGAAGGGCUACGACUUCGAGUGGGAUGCGGAGCUCUAUGGUGAGCUGCUGACCACCGGCGGCGGCAAGGAGCGCAUGGUCCGAUAUUUCAAGGACUAUAACCCGGACGCCUGGAAUUACGAGGACGAGCCAGAGAAGGACCACCCGGCCAUCAUGGAGCUACAUGAGCUCAAGACGAAGCUCUUCAUGGAGAUCGCCCCUUACGCCUUCGUGAAGUCUGGCGAGCUUCCGCUGCGCGAGGGCAUCAAGGAGCUGAUCGGCGCGGCGGCGGAUGCGGGGUGGCAGCUGGCGGUGUGCUCCACCAGCAACGAGGCGUCGGUUAAGGCCGUGGUGGAGACGAUGCUGCCGGAGUUCGCUAAGAAGAUGACCAUCUUCGCCGGGGACGUGGUCGCGGAGAAGAAGCCGGACCCAGCCAUCUACAAGUUGGCGGCCAAGAAGCUGGGUGUGGCGCCCAUGCUUUGCGUGGUAGUGGAGGACACCGCCAUUGGCGCCUCUGCGGGGAAGGCAGCGAACAUGAAGGUGGUGAUCACGAAGAGCGUCUACAGUGCUAAGGAGCUCUUCGGCGACGCCGAUGUGGUGGUGGACGAUGCCAGCGAGUUGGACUUUGAGAAGGACGUGGCAGCUUUGUUGCCCGUGCUCGAGCUGGCCUGA